AUGGCCGGAAAGCCUUGCGCCCAGUUGCCACCAGGUCUAGAACGUAUGUCUCGAGGCGUGGACAUCACCUCGCUGGACCUCUUUCCCACCGACCUGUCGCUGGCUUCCGGUUUUCGCCAGUCGCUCUUUGACUUCACCUGCGACUCGGGCGCCACCUGGAGCCACCCCUCGCAGAGUGGCUUUUCCUUUGCGGUGCCCGACCAGGUGGCCGCUGUGAACACCCUUCCCGGCGGUGCCCUCAACGACAAGCUCACCGUUCACAAGCAGCUGAACUCCUACAAGAAGGCACUGUCCGUUCAGGUGGGCCUGGACGUGAACACUGUCGUCUACGGCGACUACUCCCUUAGUGUGGGCUACAAAAAUGCGCAGGAACAAAUUCUAGAGUCUAACGCCACUAUUUAUGAUGUUUCCGCCUACGUUUCCGCCGUUCAAAUGGACUUUAAGCCAUUUGUGACGCUAAAACCGAACAACGCUUUUGUGCACUUUCUUGCAAAGCUUCCGGCAACCUAUUCAGCAAACCCUGCCGUUUACCAGGAGUUUUUGGACACCUUUGGCACGCACUACUUUGAAUCGGGCAUUUUCGGCGGCUACCUGCGUCAAGAGACGAUUGUCGAAGAUCGGUACCGCUACGAAACCAAUGACCGCGACAUUACCACAAACGUCCAGGCCAAGUACCAGGUGAUGGUCAGCGCCAAAGUGGGCGUUGACACCUCGAAGAACACCAAAUCAGUAAUCUUUGACCGGUCAACGAGAACGAACCGUUACUACUACGGUGGAAAAACCAAUCUAGUUAAUAAAAUGUCCGCCGAGCAGUUUGCCAAGUGGCAGGAAACCGUCUCACACGAUCCCUGGCUGUUUGGCGGUCUGAUUAAGCCAAUUGAAAAUCUGAUCGACAACGAGGCGGUUAAGGGCCAGAUUAAGACGGCCGUUCACGUGAAGCUCACCAAAGCCUACCUGCAGGAGCUGAAGCAGACGCUGGUGCUGAUCAGUCGACAGGUGCCGCAAACUUCGGCGCAGUCAGGCAAAAUCAACGAACUUCUUGGGCAGCCCAUUCCCAAUCAGGCGGAGGUGUUGAAGGUCGCCGAUCAGGUGAAGGCUUUAGUUGCCCAGGCUCAGGCGGUGAAGGACCGCGCCUUCCUCGAGCAGUACGCCGCCCAGCUGACCACUCUUCAGCACUACGAACUAUUCUGCAAGAAGGAGGUGGCCAACCGGUGUGACCACGAGCUAAAGCACGACGUCAACGAGGUAGUGGCCGAGGCCUCUCACCUGGCCGUCACCAUGAGCAACAUGGCGAAAGCCAGCUCCGGGCAGCCUGACUCAGAGACGGUCCGCGGUCUGGUCAGUCGAGCUCAUGAGAUUGUGUCUCGAGAGCAGACUACGCAAAUUCCGCAGUGUCGUGAGAAGCUCUUCUGCAACCUCUGCAAGGACGUCGUCAUUGACCUGAUCAAGAAGGAGCCCUGCAACACGCCGCACAUUAAACACCUGUUGAGAGUGCAGCUGUAA